AUGAAGAAGCCUACUCAACCUAACCUGAAGGUCCCCAUAGCUCCCACCCUAGAGGUCUGACCAGGAGGCGCGGGUCAACCCUCACUUGGGCGAAUUCCUCAUACGAUCUCAAUGGAGAUGGGUUCCUCGCUCUUCGGUCGCUCCCCUUAGUUCACCUCCACGGUUGCUUCAUGCUUCCAUCUUCAUCAUGCAAUUAGGCCGGAUGUGUUGAUGGAGAGAUAGGACAUUGGUAAAUGUCGAUCUCGCAAAAUACAGAGGGUACACAAUGAUCACUGGGUUUCAGGGAAACCAUGAUUUGGACAUUAUUUCGUUAAGGAGACUGCGAAGUGUGGGUUCCUCCUCUCUCUCUCUCUCUACCCUAGAAACAUGGAUGCAACCCAAAAGGCCAUUCCAGAGAUAUGAAGCAGGGGUUCUCGCAUGCAAGAGAACGGGAACAAAAAAACGGGGAGGAAGGAUCAGAGGCGCCGCAGCUUCAGAAGCUCUCCCUCAGUUGACCUCGGGAUCCUCUUCUUCCUCGUACUCUUCCUCCUCAUCGGCUGUGGCAUCCUGGUACUGCUGGUACUCCGAGACCAGGUCGUUCAUGUUGCUCUCCGCCUCCGUGAACUCCAUCUCGUCCAUCCCCUCCCCCGUGUACCAGUGCAGGAAGGCCUUCCUCCGGAACAUGGCCGUGAACUGCUCGCUGACCCUGUGGAACAUCUCCUGGAUCGAGGUGGAGUUGCCAAUGAAGGUGGCGGCCAUCUUCAGCCCCGUCGGCGGGAUGUCGCACACCGUUGACUUGACAUUAUUGGGGAUCCACUCCACGAAGUAGGAAGAGUUCUUGUUCUGAACGUUGAUCAUCUGCUCGUCCACUUCCUUGGUGCUCAUCUUCCCACGGAACAUGGCAGAAGCGGUAAGGUAGCGCCCGUGCCGGGGGUCGGCGGCGCACAUCAUGUUUUUCGCGUCCCACAUCUGCUGGGUGAGCUCCGGCACGGUAAGCGCUCGGUACUGCUGGGACCCCCUCGACGUCAGUGGAGCGAAGCCGACCAUGAAGAAGUGAAGCCGAGGGAAGGGGAUGAGGUUGACGGCCAGUUUCCUGAGAUCAGAGUUGAGCUGGCCCGGGAACCUGAGGCAGCAAGUGACUCCGGACAUCGUCGCAGAGAUCAGAUGGUUCAGGUCGCCGACUGUCAGCGGAAAUAGCAGAACGAUCAGGCGCACAUAUUUGGGCAGAAAUAAUUGAAGAAGGCGUAGAGUGAAUCCUUACAGCUGGGGGUUGAGAGCUUGAGGGUCCUAAAACAAAUGUCGUACAGAGCUUCGUUGUCCAAGACCAUACACUCAUCCGCGUUCUCCACCAGCUGGUGCACGGAGAGGGUCGCAUUGUAGGGCUCGACCACAGUGUCCGAGACCUUGGGGGAUGGAAAGACGGAGAAAGUGAGCAUCAUCCGAUCUGGGUACUCUUCCCUGAUCUUUGAUAUCAGUAAUGUGCCCAUGCCGGACCCCGUACCCCCACCCAGUGAAUGGCAGACUUGAAACCCUGCACAAAUUUUCGUAGAAUAAACUCAUUAGAACCAGCUCUGAUAUGCGUCAUCAGUAAAUAAAAACUGAGGUAGGAUUGGCCAGAAUUCAACGUCAUACGUCGAUUUUUUCCUUUGCGGAUGUAUAAAAAACAACAUUGCCGUAUAUCCCAGAGAUAGUAAUAGUACAGCUUCUCGACAGAAGAGUGAAAUAAUAGCUAUAAAACCAAAGAUCCACCAAAGGAUGGAAAUAACGUGCUUUCCCCAACAACAGCCGCAUCGUGAACGAUAGGAAUCCAAAAGGGAUUGAGAAAAAAAUGCUAGAAAGAUUUUUUAAAUAAUUAUGACAGAAGAAAUAACAGCAGUGAAAUGCUUACGGAGAAGAAGACGCGUAAAUGGUAGCAAAAGAACAGAUACGAGCAAUGCUAAGAAGAUUUCAGACAAUAAAUACCACAUCGGGACGAAGGCAGAGGAGGAAGAGGAACUUACCCUGGAGACAGUCGCAGUUCUCCGCCUCCUUGCGCACAACAUCGAGAACGGAAUCGAUAAGCUCGGCACCUUCGGUGUAGUGACCCUUGGCCCAGUUGUUUCCGGCUCCGGACUGCCCGAACACGAAGUUGUCCGGGCGGAAGAUUUGGCCGUAUGUCCCCGACCGGACACUGUCCAUGGUUCCAGGCUCCAGAUCCAUGAGCACUGCUCUGGGAACGAACCGACCGCAACUGGCUUCAUUAUAGUAUACGUUCACUCGCUCGAGCUGAAGAUCGCUGUCACCGUUGUACCUCCCUGUGGCGUCGAUGCCGUGCUCGGCGCAGACAACCUCCCAGAACUUCGCCCCGAUCUGGUUCCCGCAUUGCCCGCCCUGGAUGUGGAGUAUCUCACGCAUCUUCGCAACGACUACAGUUCCGAGAGCAGAAGAUUGCAGGGGGAGGACCAGGAGAGAGAUUGGCCACCGGUUAGGACCAGAAUUUGGGAGUGGCGGAGAGGGGAGAGUACGGAGCCAAAAGUAGACGGAGAUGGAGGGGGAUUCAAACUAUUUUGA